AUGCAGAUCAUCAUCUUGCACAAUUCAAUCAAUCUUAAUCACACGGCUUAUUUAAGAUUCCCCUUCACUCGGCCAUGUUUCAGCCCUGCAUCCAAAGUCAAGCACAUCGUCCUUGAGCCCGGCCACAGCGGCAGCAUCCCCCGAUCCCUAUAUCUUGAUCUUGGUGUGAAGUUCUCCUUCCAGUAUUUCCAUAUACAAAGUUCUUCCACAUUUGUUGUGUCGCGCCAUGCAAUAGUCAAUUACAUCGGCGACUUCCCAAAUCUGGCCCCUGAGGGUGUCUGUCCCAGCGCCUUGGUUUUGGAACGCGGCGGAGGUUUAUAUAUCACUAAUUGGGUUGGGCACUUCACCACAUGUGGCUUGGUAUUAAAUGGUGGAACGGAGCUUCAAGCCGACGCAGUCACCCCUGACACGGGGUAUAGAGUCGGGCCCUUAUUUGGGUUGGAUGAUGAAGGCGGACAACGUGGUGUCUGGAAGCAUAGCGGACACGAGGGUCUUUGA